CCGCGCGGCCAAUCCUCGCUGAGAGGCAGACUUGUCCUCCUGGCCGCCAUUAAAGAAUUCAAUCCAUGAAGUGAAAUAAUGGAAAUCUGCUGGAGCCAUGGAUCCGCCAGAGGAGCAGAACCCAUGAGUACUCUCGCCGGCGCGUCCUUUCGGUCUUUUUAAAUGGUUCUUAAGUCGCACCGCGAUGUUUUUUUUUAGAGAAAAACUGAUCCGGUUAAUUGUUUGAUUGAAGCUGGCGCAAGAGCGCUGGUAUGUUAGCUUAGCAUGUUAGCACAGAUCAGGGGGAGGGGAGAGUUCCUUAGCUGCUGUUAGCAUUAGCGCACCCGGGACCAAGCUUUUGGGGUGAAGUUUUUUUGUGGUCCCCUCCUUUUUGUCGCGCUAUAGAACCGUCUAUGGGGCCGAUACAAGCGUAGUCCCCCAGGAGCAGGCAGGCUAGUCGGUGACAGGGGUGUGUUUAGCGUAGAAGCUGGCGGCUAACCGGAGCAGACAAUACAUUUCCAACCGAGGAAUCGUCCAGCGAGAGGCGGACGCUGGGGCCGCUCGUCUACGGUGAAUGUCGGCUGGAAGUUGCGAGUGUGAGCGCUGCUAACGAGCCGUAGCUUAGCAAGUCGGCCAGCGCUUUCUCGGGGAUAUUUGCAGCCGAUCGGCGCGUCUCUGCUGAGCUAGUUCCUGGCACUCGACGGUGAUUGAGACAAUGGACUUUAACGUUACAUCCACGCAGUGAAAGGAUGAGUUCGUGCUUUGUACCAAACGGGGCCAGUUUGGAGGACUGCCACUCCAACCUCUUCUGCCUGGCGGAUUUGACUGGAAUUAAAUGGCGGCGCUUUGUGUGGCAAGGGCCCACCUCGUCGCCCAUCCUGUUCCCCGUGACAGAGGAGGACCCCAUCUUGUGUAGUUUCAGCCGAUGCAUGGCUGCAGAUGUGCUGAGUGUAUGGAGAAGGCACCACACCCCGGGCCGCAGAGAGCUCUGGCUCUUCUGGUGGGGGGAUGACCCGAGUUUCGCUGAGCUGAUCCACAACGAGCUCUCAAGCGAGGAGGAUGGUGAAUGGGAGAGCGGCCUGUCCUACGAGUGUCGAACGCUAUUGUUCAAAGCCAUUCACAACUUACUGGAGCGCUGUCUGAUGAACCGUGGAUUUGUUCGAAUCGGAAAGUGGUUUGUGAAGCCGUAUCAGAAGGAUGAAAAGGCCAUCAAUAAAAGUGAACAUCUGUCUUGUGCGUUCACCUUCUUCGUGCACGGCGACAGCAACGUGUGCACGAGUGUGGAGAUUGCCCAACAUCAGCCACUUCAGCGCCUCGGUGAAGAACACUUAAGUCUGGCCCAGCAAAGUUCAAGCCCAUUACAAGUCAUCCUGAGUCCCUAUGGCUUGAAUGGGACACUCACUGGUCAGGCUUAUAAGAUGUCAGACCACCCGACGCAGAAGCUCAUUGAAGAAUGGAGGCAGUUUUAUCCCAUCAGCCCCAAUCGCAAGGACGCCCAGGAGGACAAGAUGGAGGAGAAUGACUGGGAGGACGACUCUCUUGCAGCAGUGGAAGUUCUCGUUGCUGGCGUCCGAAUGGUGUAUCCUUCCUGCCUGGUCCUCCUUCCCUUGUCGGACCUGCCUGCUACAGUAUCACAGGGCUCAACCAACACAUCAGGAAGUGCGUGCAGUGCCCAUCCAGGUCAGGCUGCUCACCGAGAUCCCGCCAUGUCAUCUGUCACACUGACACCUCCAACGUCACCUGAAGAAGUCCAAACAGAUUUCCAACCGGUGCAGAAGUGGCUCAAACUAUCUUCCACAUCCGAUGGCUACUGUUCCAACAACAGCCUGCAUGGGGGCAAGAUUCCUCGGGGCCUAGCCAGUCAGAUGGUGGAGACCGUGUGGCAGGAGUACAACAUUAACCGCACAGUGAACAAGCGGAAGUUUAGUAACUUGACUAAUGGAACUUGUGAAGAGGAGUCGGACAAAACUGGACUUUGGGAUUUUGUGGAGCCUGCGCACAGGCCUCAUUGCAAUUGCUCAAGGCAUAAGAACCCUAAACAGAGAUCCAACAGCACCUCAGGACACCCACCCUUGUCUGGACAGCCUGCACAGCCGACCCCCAAGCACAAGCUGGGCGACAAACUGGAGAAGACCGAAAAGCAGCAAAAAAGGCCGCAAACUCCUUUUCAUCAUCGCAACUCUGUGAGUGAAGACCAGAGUCUGGAGCCUCAGAACCAGAGGCUUUGUCUACGGACGCAGGAAGACAGCUCCUAUCCAAGCCUGCACCAUGUGGACACGGCACCUCCGAAAGCCCCGAUACUGCACACUCACAGCAACCCUGCAGAUCUGGUCAGCUCCCCUCCUCCACCACCUCUUAGCCCACAUCCCUGUGACCACGUCGACGGUGAUAUGACCCCAGGCGGCAUCAAGAGUUCGUCCACGCCCAUUCACCAACCCUACUACCCUCCAUCAGUAGAGCCCUGUCUGCUGCCACAGAAGAGCUCACCUGAGGAACCACAACUGGAAAACAUGACAUUACCCUUCCCCCCUCCAUUUAGUGAAACCUUAGAACCCACGGUCUUCAUUGGCUCAGCCAUUAACCCCAAUGAAGAUUCCACUCACAAUCCCUGGAAGUAUUUCAACCUACCGAGGAAGAAGGCCAAAAACUUUCUGACACCUCAGCUCCCUGUGGAUAAGCUGCGAGACGAUUCUGCAGGAGGAACAGAUGGUGUUGUUUCUGUCACGGAAUUGAUGUCGGGCUCCAUGCAGCCACUGAAGGUGUCGGAGGAACUGGUGAAAACGUACACCCAGCGAAGGAACAGCCAUUUUUCUUUGACCACGGAAGACGGCGAACACGGUGACGAACCGGACCCGUACGCGUUCGUUGAGGGCGACGAAGAGUUCAGUUUCACUGAGAAGAAGGACAAGCAGGGAGAGAGGGAGGGCGGUAAAAAACACAAGUUGGAUGAAGGAAGUGGAAGUUCGACUGAUGAUGGUCAGGGUGCAUCCGGCAGCAGGCCGGCAGCUUCAAAAAGCCUGACCAAUGAGAAGGACUUGGCUGUGUCCUAUACUGACCUGGAUAAAAUAUUUAACUCGGAUGAAGAUGAGUUGACGCCUGGAUCCAAAAGAGCUGGAGUCGGAGUUGAGGACAAAUUUGGGGGGAAAGACUCUAAACCUGCCACGCUGGACCCCUUGUCGUGCAUAACCUCAGCAGACCUGCACAAGAUGUUUCCAACCCCGCCCUCUCUGGAGCAACAGGGCUACUCCCCGAUGAACUCUGGGAGCAAAGACAGUCUAGAAGCUGGAGCGGGCCUCACCUUGUUGGAUGGCAGCCAAAUCAACAACCACUUUAAGGUGGAGGUCGAGGAGGGAUUCUGCAGCCCCAAGCCAUCUGAAACAAAGGACUUCUCAUUUGUCUACAAGCCAGAGACGUCGCAGACUUUCAUCGGAUGCUCCAUGUACGCUCCACUGAAGACACUACCCAGUCAAUGUCUGAUGCCCAUCAAACUACCAGAACACAAGUUUGUGUACAUGCGGAAUUGGCCGAUUAACAAGCUGGAGCUGAUGCCGCCUGUAGUGACCAAAGACAGCAACAUCCCCAGUGUGGAGCCAGAAGACAUUCAGAGCCACACUCCUCAGACUCACACCCCUUUCAUGUCCAGCAGUGCACCUCCGAGCAACAGUGGCACAGGAAUUCUGCCCUCCCCAGCCACGCCCCGCUUCUCUGUUCCCACGCCACGAACACCACGCACUCCCCGGACUCCUCGAGGCCCAUCAAGCGUCCAGGGUUCUUUAAAGUACGACAAUUCUGACCUUUACUCCCCGGCUUCUACUUCUUCCACCUGUCGACCACUCAGCUCCGUGGAGCCCGCCACUGUACCUUCCAUCCCCGAGGCCCACAGCCUCUACGUUACUCUCAUUCUCUCUGAGUCGGUGAUGAACCUCUUCAAGGACUGCAACUUCGACAGCUGUUGCGUUUGUGUUUGCAACAUGAACAUCCGCGGGGCAGAUGUUGGGGUGUAUUUGAAAGACAACGGUGAAGCCCAGUACCCCUGCACCUGUGGGUUUAGCGCCGUUGCCAACAGACGCUUCGGCCAGUCGGCGGGCCUCUUCUUGGAAGACGAACUGGACGUUGUGGGACGUGGGUCAGAUGCCAGUCGGGAUACGGAGCGCUGUUUUGAAGACCUGCGUGCGUCAUCCACCAACAAGGCCGGCAGCUUGAAGGAGAAACCUCCAGAUGAGCUGAUUCUACUGCUGCAGGAUCAGUGCACCAACCCCUUCGCCCCCAUGGCAGGGGUGGACUAUCCCAAACAGAGCUCGUCCUCUGCGUCCUUUCUGAGAGUGGAAGAGAGAGACUGUUACAAUGACUGCUACAUGGCACUGGAGCAUGGCCGGCAGUUCAUGGACAACAUGUCUGGAGGGAAAGUGGAUGAAACCCUUGUGAAGAGCACCUGUCUUCAUCGCUGGCCAAAAUGCAAAACUGCAGAUAUGAACAAGCUAUUCUCUCAGGACGUCCUGCGGGUGCUGCUAUCGCUGCAGCCAGUGUUGCAGGACACGAUUCAGAAGAAGAGAAGCGUGCGCUCUUGGGGCGUUCAGGGGCCACUAACAUGGCAACAGUUCCACAAAAUGGCCGGGAGGGGAUCCUAUGGUACCGAUGAAUCCCCUGAGCCGCUGCCCAUCCCUACCUUUUUGGUCGGCUAUGAAUAUGAUUUUGUGGUGCUGUCUCCUUUUGGUCUUCCCUACUGGGAGAAACUUCUCCUGGAUCCCUUUGGUUCCCAGAGAGACGUGGGCUUCGUCGUCAUCUGCCCGGAAAAUGAAGCUCUGCUGGGCAGAGCCAAGACUUUCUUUAAAGACCUGAGCGCGAUGUAUGAGGCGUGCCAACUUGGGCAGCACCGACCCAUAUGCAAAAGCCACCCGGAGGGAAUAUUGAAGGUCGGCAAGGCCGACGGCAGGAGUCUGACGGAGCAGCCGUUGAGUGACUGGUUUCAUAAGAUGGCCAGCAGGGAAGGCAGCAAUGAGGCCUUUAAUAAACUCAAGCUUUUUGCUCAAGUUUGCCGCUAUGAUUUAGCUCCCUACCUGUCAGAGCAGACGUUGGACAGCUCCCUACUGUACCAGCGUAGCCCCGCUUCAACAUCUCAUCACGCCUCCGGCUCCUUUGUCAGCACCUCAGGACACCAGACUAACAACAAUCCAAACGCCUCCUCUGGCCAGGCCAGCAGCACCGCUCCAGCGUCUUCAGGAUCCCAAACAAUCGGGGGAAUCCCAUCAUCCAAGCCAGGUUCUUACGCUCAAUUCGGGAGCACGGUUUUACAAGGCAGUUCCUCACAAAACGGACACCAGACAACGUCACAGGCCACUGCGGCCGAAAACGGACCAACAACUAAUCCACCUCAAGGCACCUCUGAGGCACCAGAGAGUACAAUGGAGAGAGACAAAGUGGGCAAGCCGACCGACGGCGAGUCCCACGCCGUGUCUUAUCCACCUGCCAUCGUGGUUUACAUCGUGGACCCGUUCAGCUACGGAGACGCAGAAGGCGAGGUCCACUCCAGCACCUACUCCCUGGGCCUGCUGCGCUGUUACAUGGAGAUGCUGCAGUUUCUUCCUGCUCACAUCAGAAAUGCAGUGUCUGUUCAGAUCGUCCCGUGCCAGUACCUCCUGCAGCCGGUCCAGAGCGGCGAGCGCCACCUCUACGGUCAGCAUCUCAAGUCUCUGGCCUUCUCAGUGUUCACCCAGUGCCGUCGGCCGCUGCCCAACUCCACCAACUUCAAGGCUCUGACUGGCUUCGGCCCGGGGCUGGCCAUCGACAUGGCGCUCAAGAACCCAGAGCGCCCGGAGUGUCUCCGUCUCUACACGCCGCCCUUUAUUUUGGCUCCGGUGAAAGACAAGCAAACGGAAUUGGGGGAGACGUUCGGAGAGGCGUCGCAGAAGUACAACGUCCUUUUUGUUGGUUACUGCUUGUCACAUGACCAGCGCUGGCUGCUGGCCUCCUGCACUGACCAGCAUGGAGAACUCCUGGAGACCUGCAUCAUCAGCAUCGACGUCCCGAACCGGGCUCGAAGGAAAAUGGGCUCAGCCCGGCGACUGGGUUUACAGAAGCUCUGGGACUGGUGUCUCGGUCUGGUGCAGGUGACCUCGCUGCCUUGGAGGGUGGUGAUUGGUCGGCUGGGGAGAAUGGGCCACGGCGAGCUGAGAGACUGGAGCAUCCUGCUGAGCAGAAGAAGCCUGCAGUCUCUCAGCAAACGCCUGAAGGAGACGUGCAGGCUGUGUGGCAUCUCUGCCGCAGACACGCCCAGCAUUCUCAGCGCCUGCCUGGUUGCCAUGGAGCCCCAGGGAUCCUUCCUCAUCAUGCCCGACUCCGUGUCGACGGGCUCGGUGUUCGGCCGCAGCACCACUCUCAACAUGCAGACGUCGCAGCUGAGCACGCCUCAGGACACGUCCUGCACACACAUCCUGGUGUUCCCCACCUCGGCCAUGGUGCAAGUCAACACGAACGCGCCGGAGCCCAUCGACAUCAACUUCAACCCCAUCAACCCCGAUGGCUCGGAUGCAAUGGGAUUGUUGGACCUGUUCGACAACGAGAUGGUGGAUCAAGAGCUCAUCAACAUCCUGCCCAACUCUCCCACCACAUCGCCAGUUCACUCGCCAGGAUCCCACUACCACCAAGGGGGGGACGGAAGCAAGGGUCAGAGUGCGGAUCGGAUGGAGUCACACGAAGAAGCUCUCAACAUCCUGCAGCAACCCAUGGCUCUGGGCUACUUCGUCUCCACGGCUAAAGCUGGACCACUGCCUGACUGGUUCUGGUCUGCAUGUCCACAGGCCCAGAAUCAGUGUCCUCUCUUCCUCAAGGCUUCUCUGCAUCUCCACGUGUCGUCUGUCCAAUCGGACGAGCUUCUGCAUGGUAAACACUCCCACCCUCUGGACUCGAAUCACACCUCUGACGUGCUCAGGUUUGUCCUGGAGCAGUACAACGCCCUCUCCUGGCUGACCUGCGACCCUGCAACUCAGGACAGGCGCUCGUGCCUGCCUGUUCACUUCGUGGUGCUCACACAGAUGUACAACUUCAUCAUGAACAUGCUCUAACGUCUUUGGAGAUGGAUCCCAAACACCUGAAGGACCUCAAACUCGCCCGGGCAGAGAGCGAGGAAGAGCCAGCUCCUCUUCCUCCGCCCGCCUGGAGAUCUGUUUCUCACAGUGACUGACCGGUCGCGUCCAAUCAAAUAGAUGCCAAGAAUCCGUUUUAGCAUUUUGGAUGAUCAAGGGAGGUUUCGUAAAGGAGAAUUAAAUUGUCUUUUUAAUGACUGUAGAUUGCAAUUAUGAAAUUUUAUCUUAAUGAAAUGCCUGCAUAUAUUAUUUAUUGUAAGUUUUUAAAUGUGGAAUUUUUAAUGCUUAAUAUCUUUUAUAUAUUACAAAAAUCCUUGAGGGUGUGUACAUCUCGCUGUAAAGGAGUCGGUUUCAAAAGUGUAAUUUUUCUCAGCCGUCACACGGGAAAAAGCCCUGUUCAAGUGAAUUUGCUGUAGAUUGCUUUUAGAAUAUUAUUUUUUCAAAAGGGUACAGACCUUUUUAUUGCCACUCUGUAAAAAUGAAGUGAAAGCUGGUCUGGGCAUUUGCGUCCCACCCGACGAGUGGACGAGUCUUUACCUCCGUCUGCUUUGGCUCCAGAGUCUCUCGCACAGUAACUCAAUGAGCUCUGAAGAGGAAUUAAAGGUACAAUGUCAGAUGAUAUAUUUUAUAUAACAGAUUUAGGUAAUUGUGUGUGUAUAUGUGUACAUAUAAUUGUGUGCCGCUACUGAUGGUGCAGCUUCUGUUUUAGGAAUAAAGUGUGUCAACAUGAA